UCUCAUUUGCCAAGUUGACUGGGGCUGUGGGUAUGUCCUCUGGUGUCCUCUGCCACACUCUCAGCUCACAACCUGCAAAGUGUAGGCUACACAGUUCCCACGUAGCUCCUUCGAAAGACACUUUUCAUCUCAAACAAUGGAGGCCCUCAAAAUUAGAACCCAUUUGAUCCUGACUGUCACCUUCACCUUGGCUCAUGCAGAUUUCCAGCUGAGUGCACUCAGCAGUUCUGAUGGGGUUGUCACUAGCAGCUUCUCAGACUCAGUCCUUCUCAGCUUGCCACCGUGCAGGUUAAGUGGAAAUGGUGUGACUCUCCAGUACGAGAAUAUGGCCACUAAUGUGAACACAACUUCGACCAACAUAUUCACGGUCCCAGCAUGUAUAACCCGAAGAGAUGUCAUUUCGGUUGCUGACAGCACAAGUCAGUUCAGCUCAAGCAGAAUCCUCGGGUUCCAAGUCACUGGCCUCACAAAUGGAACCCACUACAGGUUCCAGUACACAGUGGGACAGGAGACAAGCAAUGUUUUAGACAUCUCGACGAUAUCAGCUGCCCCGUAUGAGUCUAUCGAUGACGGACUGCCGGCGCGCAGCGGGGCCAUGGUGGUCAUCACUGUCCUCCUGGCAGUAGCCAUGUUUCUGCUAAUCGUCGGCCUCUCGGUCACCCUCUACCUCUCCCACUGCAGAGGCUGAAACGCGCAACGUUUUUUUUGUGAAAUAACACCGCAACUUCAUUGUUUAGUCUAAGCGCACUUCUUUCUCCGGUGUAACCCAACGGAUUAGGUCAACGCAUUUCGGGGGCACCUGGGUAUUUUAGGGUAUAUUGAAGUCCACUCUACAUUUGGUUUGCAAAGAACCACCAAAUAUUCCAGGGGAUUUCCUGGAAAGCUAGUUUACAUUUCAGAAAGACAUUACAUUUCAAUUGGUACCCUUACCAAAAACCAGUUUGGUGUCUAAAUUUGGCUUAAUUUAGGAUGAAAACAAUACCUUCUUACUAAGUUUACUGCAGAUAUGCAUCCACCGUACUCUUGCAAAUAAACUUGUGGACAUAUUUAAUACAUUUGUACUUAGUGAGCCACUUUAAGUCCAUACACUUAAGCAUAUUAUGGAAAUAAUCGUAGUAAAAAGUAAGACGACAGAAUGCACAAGGGUGGCCUGCCUGCAUCUUAUGGAGCACCUUAACCGCCCCUCACUUUCCAGUCUUCUCAAGUGUGCUUCUCUUGAUAUGAUCUUGAUUGAAAUUAUUAAUAAACUAAAGCUG